AGAGGAAAUAGCCAUCCGAGAGCGGGAGAACGACCAUCUGAGACGCAGGCUGCGAGAUGCUGGCAUUGAAAUAUGGCCAGUGCAGGUCACCGAAAGACAACCACAGCAGUCCAGUUGCAAUCAAUUCAGUGUCCUGAGAAUGCAAGUACCUGGAUGACUGAGAAUAUUCAUGGGCAUGGAACAGAAAGACUCUCAAACUCAGGCCAAGGGGGUCCUCGGUUUACGUCAGAGUUCCAUUCCCAGGGCAGCGACGUGAACCGAUUUUUUUCCGUCCGUUGGCAAACAAGGACCACUGAACUGUGCUGAAAAAAGAAGAAAAAGUCAUUUUAGGCACAGUCUGUUUUUUUUUUUUUUUUUCUUCACGACAGCAUCCAUGAAGGUGGCCCAUCUUUUGAAAUGAGUGUCACCAAAAAGCCCCCCCCCAAAUUAAAACACAUGCAGUCAGUUAAUAUUUUGAUGCUUGCAGAUCUGAGGUCUCAUGAAAUAUGCUGAUGUCUGAAGUGAGGGCAGUUUCAAUAGUUUUUUCAUGUCUCCCUCAAAUUUUAAUUGAACAUUUUAUUGUACAAUCUCAAGUUCAACAGUACGUGUAGGUUAUUUACUGUAAACAAUUUGUGUGGGGACGGUUGUGUGCAUGUUUAGUAUAAUUGAGUCAGUUUAGUUUAAUUUGGUCAACUCGGGGCUCUGCUGAUUUUGUUUCUCAGACCGUCCAUCGAUGGCGUUACUAGAAGAGGAGGAUGGCGAGCAUCCACGACGCGAGUGGAGUCCCAGCAUGGGGCAUGAAGAGCGUAUUCCAAUCCAAAUCAAGGAUAAGCGAGAUCUCCGAGCCAACCAAGGAGAGCUCCAAGGCCAUGGCUCUUGCAGCACAUCAGAAAACAUGUUCUCCCCCCCGCGUGUUGCAAAUGAGUAUGUGCAGGACGGCCCUCACACGUCAGCCCUGCCCCAGAGUCAAGGCCUGGAGAACAGGGAGCGGGAUGCUGGCUCCCGAGGCUCCUCAAGGCACGUGAAGGCGGAGAGCGGAGGCGGCCACAGGGGCCCCGUUUCCUCCAACAACGGCGGGCAGCCCCUCGCGCCAGUCAACCCAAACUGUGCAAAUGAGAACAACAUAGACAUCAUAGGGGUGGAGAAUGGAGGACAGAUGGUUGGUACUAAGGGAAAUGGACCUGUGGUAAACAGGGGACAGGCCUCUCAUAUGCGCAACCAAGUAGCCAACCCUGUAGAGUACCCCCAUCAGAAAUCUCCCCUACAAGGCCACAUGUCGUCCUUCUGCUGCAAGGUUUGUGGCGAGGCGUUCAGUCAUGUCGGGCACUUGCACGUGCAUGUACAGGUGCACACGCGGGAGAAACCUUACCGCUGCGGUGUUUGCGGGAAAUGCUGCAGUUCCUCGGGCCGACUGCAGGAGCACCAGCGGAGCCACACCGGAGAAAAACCCUUCCGCUGCCAGAUUUGUGGCAAGGGGUUCACCCAGAUGGCACACCUCAAAGUGCACAUGAGGAUCCACACAGGGGAGAAGCCGUACAGCUGCCCUGUGUGCGGCAAGUGCUUCAGCCGCUCUGACAAAAUCAAAAGGCAUCUCCAAACACAUACCCGUGAGGGGACCUAUUUUACAGGGCAAUGAUGUACUGGUGUCUCACAUUCAUGUGGAUUUUAUUUUGUAAAACAAUUGCUGCAGUUUAAUACGACCUUUGUACUGAUUUAGAACUUGGAGAUCUGUAACUGUUUUUACAUCAAAUAAUACUUUUCCAGUCCACGGUCCCGUCAUUGAUCUAUUUAUCGGGUUCUACGUUUGAUAUUUACUUUUUUUCUUGACCUAGCAUUGCAAAAUGUUCCAUCUUUUCCUUUAGUAACCAAGUUAAGAGAAUGAUUUAGUCUUACACACAUGCCUUGAAACUGGAAAUGGAACGUUUACUUCAUUUUCUUGAUCAAUUGUGGGAAAACUAAUUCUCAAUGAACCAUCCAUCCAUCCAUCCAUUUUCUGAGCCGCUUCUCCUCACUAGGGUCGCGGGCUUGCUGGAGCCUAUCCCAACUAUCUUCGGGCAGGAGGCAGGGUACUCCCUGAACUGGUCGCCAGCCAAUCGCAGGGCACAUAUAAACAAACAACCAUUUGCACUCACAUUCACACCGACGGGCAAUUUUGAGUUGUCUAUUAACCUACCAGGCAUGUUUUGGGGAUCUGGGUGGAAACCGGAGUGACCGGAGAAAACCCACACAGGCACAGGGAGAACAUGCAAACAGGCGGACCGGGAUUUCGUCGUCCACCGUGCCGACAUAAUUACAAUUAUUCCAAUUUAAUUUAGAAAAUUAAUAAAUUUGGCUCAAUACGGGUAUGGAAAGAACAGGUCAGAACAUUAAGAGAGAGAGACUCUUUGUUCCUAGGAAAAGAUUUAGAAAGUACUAAUUACUAGAUUUUUCAUUAAUUUUUUGAUCAAGGAAAUUCUGUCAAAUAUUGUCCCUAGAUGGGACAGUAUGUAUUUACCUGUAUAUGUUCUGAACACCUAUUUCAAUGUCACCGUCAAUUUGAGCAGAUUAAUUCUGGCCAGAGAAUAGGGCUGCAGCUAUUAAAUAUUUUUAGAAAAGAUUAUUCCCCUGAUUAUCCCAUCGAUUACUUGAAUAAUCUGGUCAAAUUUGAUGUUGCAUUACUAAACAACAAUACCAAUUGAAAAACUAAUAUGCAUGUGUGGUGCAGGUAUUUAUUCUUUUUUUUUUGUCCACUUGAUGUUGCCAUCCUCACGUUCUACACUGUAGUAUCUGUGACUUUGAACGUGUGUCUCUUAAAGGCAGGGCCUGGCCUGAUGAGUGACGUGUGCGUCAGUGAAUGAGACUGCAGUAUUGGUAAACUCAGGUUAGCCAGUCUGGGUGUGAGUUGUGGUUGUUGGAGCUAGUGUAUGAAUGUACUUAUUAUGUGUUUAUUUUCUUUCAGUUUGUUCAAUAAACCGAUUCAAAGUGCACCAGUGGCUGUGUCUAUAUCCUUGAACGUUGUCGGCGAUCACAGUCGU